AUGCUCAGAAUAAGUGUUGGGGCAAUGGACAGCAGUUCAAUUCCAAUCUCGUACACAUUGGAGGAGUUCGAGUACAUCAACGAGAAAGCACUGGAUUAUUUGAUUGUUCAACAAGCGACAUUAUUCCGCACGUUGCUAUCUGUGAAUGGGUUGCUACCGCCACUGUGCGAUACUGGAGUAUCGAGCAAGGCAAUAUCGGUGUGCAAGCGCUAA